AUGUCUUUGUCUCAUGCGACAUCUUGGCGCUUACGCCCGAUUGAAAGCUUUAUAACUAAAUACCAUCCAGAACUUCCACACCUCCGAACAGCCGAUUCAACUCCUCUCAAGCCACCACCUCCCAAACCGCCACCUCCCAAACCACCCACCAUGACCUUCUCCCUCACCCUCACCCCCCUCCUCCACCUCCUCCCCACCCUCUUCGGAACAAUCUUCAUCCUCUUCGGCCUCAACGCCAUGCUCCGCCCCCUCCACGCCCUCACAUUCUACCCCUCCCUACACCACUCCCUAUCCCCCUCCCUCCCACAAAGCCCCUCCAACACCAUCCUCCUCGAAUCCCUCCUAACCAUCUACGGCGCACGCGACAUCUUCAUGGGCCCUCGCCAUGCACGCCGCAUCCUACCAUCGCAAUUACAAAACACUAGGCUGGAUUGUGGUUGCGGGGAGUGGUGUUGCGUUUGUGGAUGGGUGGGUGUGUUGGAGGGCUGGAGGGGGACAGGGCGAUCAUUGGGGGUAUGCGCCUGUACAUGCGGUUGUGGGGGUUUUGCUGGUGUUGGGGUAUUGAGGAUGAUAUAA